GGAAAAGAAACGUAUUCAAGAUGGCGGAAUAUCUUUGACAUUUGGGGUGCAUUUCCUCAGCUUUAAAAUAAACUUCAUAUCCAGCUCUUCUGUGUGGAGUCAGUGCGAGAGAAAUGGGUCUCUUGUCAGAUGUUCAAGGACGGAAGAAAAUUGUUAAUGUUUUAGUGGCUUAUUGCUCAAAGUUGUGUGUUCUCAGUUAUAUCAUUGGAAUCAUCUGGCUGUGUGCUUUAACUGAUCGCACUUUUAAUGGUCGUGUUUAUUUCUCUGAGAAUGCAUUGUUACCUGGUCUGGUUGAAGCAGAAUUCAAGAAUCAUAGAUUUGCAUCAGAAUUAUUUGGGAAGUUAUCAACUCUUCCAAAGGGAGAUAUUAGCAAUUCAGCCACAAAGAUGAUUAUGAACACAAUGGAGAACAUUGGUCUUCACACUUACCAACAGAACUUUACAGUUUACUUACCAUUUCCUGGUGUUUCUGAGCCACCUGAGAUUAGUGGCAUUAACAUUUAUGGGAUUCUUAGAGCUCCCAGAAUUGCUGGCACUGAAGCACUGGUUAUAAGUGUUCCUUACAAUCAAGGGAACAAUAAAGGAGCUUUAGCACUCAUGUUGUCAUUUGCUGACCACUGUCGCAGGAAAAGUUACUGGUCAAAGGAUAUCAUUUUUCUUGUGGCUGAUAGAGAUCAACUUGGUAUGCAAGCUUGGCUUGAUGCAUACCAUGGUGUUCCAAAUUCUUACAUUUCUUCUGCUCCUCUUGAAGGACAUUCUGGUUCUAUACAAGCUGCACUGAACUUGGAAUUUCCUCAUGAGAAAGUGAACUUCUUUGAAAUUGCUAUUGAGGGAAUUAAUGGACAGCUUCCCAAUCUUGAUCUAGUGAACACUGUGUUCAGGAUGUGUCGCAAAGAGUAUGUUCCAGUAUCUCUUCACACAGAGGGAUAUCAUGAACACCUAGGACCCUGGGCAGAUUCUGUGCAAUCUCUCAUUACCAUGGUGAUGAUGAUGUUUUACCAAGCCUCUGGAAGGGCUUCUGGCAAUCAUGGCUUGUUUCACAGAUAUCGUAUCGAAGCUGUUACAAUGAGGGGUGGUGAGGACACCUCUCAGUAUGGGCGUGGAUUUCAGGAGACUGGAAGAGUCAUUGAGGGUAUUUUCCGCAGCUUGAAUAACCUCCUGGAGCAAUUUCAUCAGUCGUUCUUCUUCUAUCUUUUACCUGAAUCUCAUCGAUAUGUGUCAAUUGGCCUGUACAUGCCUCCCUUUGGCUGCCUUCUGCUAGGUACUCUGAUUAUGGCUAUAAAGUUGUGGGUAUUAGCCGGGUCUGCUCCAGAAAAUGGCUCAAAAGUUGACACCUCACAAGAAGGCGAAGUUUUGAAGGAAGAAGCUGAAGGGGAAAUAGCUGAAGGGGAGAGUGGUGAAGAAAAAAGUGAUAAUGAAAAGAAAAUUCCUGAUUUAGAAACUGAGGUAGCAUUUUUGCAGUGUCCUCCUGACAUCGGAAGCGUGGUGCCUAUUGCCAUGGCGACUCACAUGGCUGGUGUUUUUGUGUUCUAUUCCCCAGAGCUUAGUUAUAAACUAGGACACGUUACAGGACUGGAUCCUUUGCUCUGUACAUAUGUUGGAAUGGCUUUCUCUUUCCUUCUAGUUGUGUUUCUCCCUCUUGUUACAAGGUAUUCGAGUGACGUAAGCCUUCAUCACGUGACCCUUAGAAAUCAUUACAUGCUAAAAUGUGGAGCUUUGAUUCUCUUCUCUGUCCUCAUGGGAGCAAUGGCGGCCAUCAAUUUCUCUCUGGCCUUUCUGGUAACCAUGUUCCAGGUGCCUGUGUACUUGUUCGUGGCUCCUUCGGGCAGUUGUGGUCGCCGUCUACUUCAAGCAGCACUGUUACUUUUGGUAUCGCCGCCGAUGAUACUAUUUCUCCUUUCACUGGCCUAUAACUUAGUUGUCCCACAAACCGAAGCUGACAUCAGCAUCGUACUUCAAUCCACUAUGACAACUGUCUAUCAAGCCGUGACAUCAUCAAUAAGGGAAGCCCGAAUGUUGGGCACGUGGUCCUUUGCGAUGACGUGUCUCGGGAUUUUGCCCAACUGGCUCAUGUUUUGGUGUUUAGCGUGGCGCUGAGAUAUGGAGUAAAAUUUCUCAACGUCUUUGGUUCAACUUUUCAUGGGACUCAUAAUGUAUUCUUUGUCCCAAACUCGUGAUAAGAAGAAAGGAAUCUCUGCAGGCAUUUAAACUCUUCAUCGGGGUCCACUUGCGUCUCGAUCUUUUAAGCCACAACCUGCAGUACUCUUUUCAAAUCCUUUCAAAGAUAUUUUUAUAAUAUUGGAAAGUUUAUACGUAUGGAGUCAUUUUGAAACAUGGGCAGUUGGGCACCAGAUCUGCACUGAGGAGAGGAGGAAAAUUUCUUCGUGAAAUAAAAGUCAUGUAGCUAUUUACAGUUAAGAAGUUUGUUUGAUUUCAAGAUAAAACUAUCUCGCUGCUUUCACAACCAUUUGUUCCUCAAUAAUGUCUUUCUUUUUGUAAGGAGAAGGAGUAUGUUAGUUAGUCCUGAUGGUUGACACGUUGAAUGUUGACUCUAUCAUUACAGCCAGCUUCUGUGUCCCAUGUGUGAGGUGCGUUGCAGCUUCCUCAGUUGUCAAAUUCUUCCUUGGUUAGAUAAGCCUAUUCGGUUUAUUUACGCUUUUCUUGUAUAGUAAUUUUACUUGGUUUCGCGGUUUGCGGUAGUCUUCGAAAUAUUUUAGUUUAAAGUGUCCCGUUCACUUCGAAGAAACUUUAAAUGGAAUUCAUUGACUAUUACUAACUUCAAUCACGUGUACUGAGCACAAUUCCUUUUUUUCUUUGCGAUAAAUUGUUGAUGAUAGUGCAUAUGAAACGACUUGCACCACCGCUCAUAGGUUUACACAUUAAGUUGUGUCAUUUGUCUUACGCAGUCUAAGAUAUCCAUGACAUUUAAGACAUUUGGACAAUUCCUUUUUUGUUAGAGCACUCACAUCCUGAUCCAAUGUCGUCAGAUAUCCACGGAAUCUUUUGAGGUGUAUGCAUGCUUUCGGAUGAUAAAUCAGUCUGUCUAAAUAGGCGGAAAUCAUCAGCGUAUAUUUUUAAAGACUCUGUGUGCAAGAAACUGAUAAUAAAGUUUCACGCUAGAUAACCUUUUCUCAUUUUAAA